AUGGAAUCCCUUCGUUCUUUCCCUGCCUCAUUAGCUCUUGCAUUCAACUCUUCCUGGAGGGCUCUGGGCGCGUUACCCCUGCCUUUCAAAGGGGCGGCCUCCUUCCUGAAAUCGUCUUUUAUCGGCCGACAAUCUGUAGAGGAUUUGCCUCGCAACGAGGAUCUACCCAUCCACCCCCCGCAUGUUGAAGUCAUCCGGACCCGUCGCUAUCUCCCUCCUCAAGUGACAAGAAUUAUUACCCGUGGAGGUGGAAAUUUCAUCGGCUUUGUAGAUGACACAACCGUUCUCAAAUAUCCUUGUGUCGCCGGCGAUAUGGGGAGUAUCCAAGUUGAAGCACAGAUCCUGGACGCCGUGGGGAAGCAUCCUCGCAUCAUUGAAUCUCGCGGAUUGACUGAAUAUGGACUUCUUCUGGCGUAUGCACGCAAUGGAAGCCUUUACGAUUAUAUUUCCUUGUCUCCCUCAAUACUCCUAUCGCAGAAACUACACUGGUGUAGGCAAGCCGCCGAAGCCGUGGAGUACAUCCAUACAAGGAACGUUAUCCACUGCGACAUCAACCUCCGGAACCUUCUGCUUGACGAUAACCUGAACCUUGUUCUUACAGACUUUCAGGGAAUGCUCAAGGAUGCGGAUGGCAAAACACUACUGGACGGGUUUUCCCGGGAAUGCUCGAAAUCAUUUGCCCCCAGGUCAGACGGGGAUCAUGCAGACCGCAAAACGGAUCUCUUUGCGCUUGGCUCGGCAAUCUAUUUCAUUAUGAUGGGCCAUGAAGUCUUUCCCGACUUAACAAACCAUGAUGAUGACGAUGAUGAAAUUGAAGCUCGAUUCCGGAACGGACUAUUUCCUGCAGAUGACCAUCCAUGCGCUCAAAUCACACAGAGAUGCUGGAAACAACAGUACGAGUCUGCCAAUGAUCUGCUUUUUGACUUGAAGCAGGUUCAGCUGUCUGCUUCGAAUGAAUGGAUCCCCUUUUGA